CCCAUCCCAUCACCAUCGAUUCGUCCUUUCGUGUUGCUGUCAGGCUCUUCCUUCUUCCGGUGGUAUCCGGCGGAGAAGGGAAUUUUUCUCGUUCUUUCUCUCUCCUCUGCGCUUCAGCGUAGCUUCUUGUUCUCCUCGUCCUCCAGAGAGAGAGAGAGAGAGAGAGAAAGAGAGAAGAGAGCGACAAUGUUGUCUGCUGUGGGCGAUGCGAAGAGGGAGGGGCAGCGGGAGGAUGUGGACACUGUGUUUGCCUCUCGCUAUGUGCAGGUUGGGCUUCCCAAGUUCCGUAUGCCGGACUCCGAGACGCCUAAGGACGUUGCCUAUCAAGUGAUUCACGAUGAGCUGCUUUUGGAUGGAAAUCCUCGGCUGAAUCUGGCCUCGUUCGUGACCACGUGGAUGGAGCCCGAAUGCGACAAGCUGAUUCUGGAGGCUAUCAACAAGAACUACAUUGACAUGGACACGUAUCCUAUCUCGACGGAGUUGCAAGACCGCUGUGUGAACAUGAUCGCCCGCCUUGUUAACGCUCCCAUCAAGGACGGCGAGCCCGCCGUUGGCGCUGGGUGCAUCGGGUCCUCGGAGGCGAUUAUGCUCGCCGGGUUGGCGUUCAAGAGGAAGUGGCAGAACAAGCGCAAGGAACAGGGACUGCCGUACGACAAGCCCAACCUCGUGACGGGGGCGAACGUGCAAGUGUGCUGGGAGAAGUUCGCGCGCUACUUUGAGGUGGAGCUGAGGGAGGUGAAGCUGAGAGAAGGCUAUUACAUCAUGGACCCGGUGAAGGCCGUGGAGCUGGUCGAUGAGAACACCAUCUGCGUGGCCGGCAUUCUCGGCAGCACGUACAACGGCGAGUUCGAGGACAUCAAGUUGCUGAACGAUCUCUUGGUGGAGAAGAACGCGCAGACCGGAUGGGACACGCCCAUCCACGUGGACGGCGCCAGCGGCGGUUUCAUCGCCCCGUUCAUUUACCCGGACCUGGAGUGGGAUUUCCGUCUGCCUCUCGUGAAGAGCAUCAACCUCAGCGGGCACAAGUACGGGCUCGUGUACGCUGGUGUAGGGUGGGUUGUGUGGAGGAGCAAGGAGGAUCUGCCCGAGGAGCUCAUCUUCCAUGUCAAUUACCUUGGCACCGAUCAGCCGACUUUCACUCUCAACUUCUCCAAGGGCGCCAGCCAUCUCAUUGCGCAGUAUUAUCAGUUCAUYCGCCUCGGUCAUAACGGAUACAAGCGCGUGAUGCAAAACUGCAGAGAGAAUGCCUUGUACCUGCGCGAUUCCGUCGAGGCGACGGGGUAUUUCAACAUUCUGUCGAAGAGAGAGGGUGUUCCUCUUCUCGCGUUCUCGCUCAAGGACAGACGCCACUUUGACGAGUAUGAUUUGGCGGACAAUCUGAAGAGAUUCGGAUGGAUUCUGCCAGCGUACACGAUGGCGCCGGACGCUGAGCACGUGACGCUCCUCCGUGCUGUGGUGCGAGAGGACUUCAGCAGAACCCUGGCUGAUCGACUUGUGCGCGACAUCAUCCGCACCAUUGAUUACCUCAAGAAUCGUGCUGCUAAAUCGGCUCCGCUCGUUCCAAUCAAACCUCUCCCCACUGGGGAUAAGGUAGCAAGAAUUGGACACGAGUUUCUGCGACGAUUGAGGGAGAAGGCGGCGUCCUCAAGGUCGCAGGGAGUCUGCUAGUCCGCACCAUCUCCCGCCUACAGUCCCAUCUUUCUCUCAUUAGAUCGUAUACAUCGCGCUGCUGAAACCAUAGUUGUAUUACCCCUGAGCGGCGUCUUCUCUUUAUCGUCUGACUCUCUCCGUCUGUCUUUUUAUGAUUUGAUCUUUGUCUCUCUUGUUCUUAUUGACAUCGUGUGUACACCGCAUUAUUCCAUUAAUUUAUCUGCUCAAGCGUCUUCUUUGCUUCGCCAUCUCUUUCAGCGUCCUCUCUCUCUUUCUGUCUCGUUGGUGAUCUCUAUGCCGUGUCUGGUCAUUCACUGUUCCUAGGACGUCGUCUCUCUAUAAUUGUCUGACUCACUUCCGUCCUAUUCUCUCUCCUCUCUCUCUCUGUGUCUCGUUGGCGAUCUCUCCACGCUGUCGUGCCGGGUGAUCCACAGCCCCACUUAGCACCAACGAUCACUUCCUCAGCGCAUCAUCGCCACUGUCAAUUCUCUAUAUCUAUGGGACACAUUCCCGCCGUCGUACUCUCUUGCCAACGCUUUCCUUUCUUUAUUAUCAUUCCCGGUUUCGCCGAUGCUGACUUCAACGUAGUAUUUUUACUAAGUUGUAGUUUUAUUCUGUAUUUUCUAGAAAAUAGUUCUCUGUUUUGGGUAUCCGUCCGAAUCUUCUAUUUUUUUUUCUGAACUUCACCACCAUUAUUAUCAUAUUUUGCAUUCCGAAUCUUGUAAUUUCCACCGUAAUUAGUUUUAUUAUCUCGGCGAGUGUUGUUCAUUAUUGAACACCGGUGUUAAUAAUCCGUAUGCGGUAGUCGGUGGUAGAUCCUUCGCCUAACGGACUAUUUGUCUCUUGUAAGGAGCCGCUAGCUCCAUUUUCCAGAGAGAUACUUAUUAUUAUUAUUAUUUUUUUUUUUAUACCCAGAGAGAUACUUAUCGGGACGCUCUAGCUCCUCAUUUUCACAUAGACGUUCGUCAUCGUAUAUUGUUGGCAGCCGCUAGCUCCUUGACCUUAAUGAGGACAUAGCUGUUUAUCUUUUCUUUGCUAUCGUGAUGGUAAAUGGCAGGUGCUCUGCUUAGGUUGAGUAGUACGUUGGCAUCAGGGUCGGUCAUGGCUUUUUUUUGGCCCCCAUGGCGUUGAUUGACCUGCGGAAGUUCAUUUCAUUGCGCUGAUCGAGUGGGAAGAGAUUCAUUCCGAGAGCACCUCUUUUUUGUUUUUUUUUUGUUUUUUUGUUUAUCCUUGUUGUUUUCGUUUUUAUUUGCUCGCGGCUAUGGUCGGACUGAC